GAGGAUCUUCGCUUGGAGUCGCCGAGCCUGUUGUAUCAUAAACGAUUAGAUUCUAUUAAAUUAUAUUAUUAUUCCGAGAGUAUCUACUCUGCCGCGUAAAAAUUACGACGUUAAGCGGACAGAGUUCGAGAGAGUUUAUUAUUAACAUAGAAGAGAGAGAGAGAGAAAUAUAUAGAAGAAGCAAUAUAGAAGGUGGUGAACAGUGAGGACGAGAUGUACAGAGAUCCGAACAGCACCACGGGAAGCGGCACCUCCACAAAGGGCGACGAGGUCGAUAUCGUUAACAGAUUUUUAGCGCCUUUAUGCGCUAGGGAUGAGACCGUCAGGAACAUCGCCCUGGCCGCGGCUAGGAACACGGUCGAGGGAUGGCUCGGCGGGGUUGGCAGUCCGAAUCAGUGGGACGACGACGGUGAGAUGGAGGAGGACGUCGAGAAAGUCGGAGGAGCAUUCAAGAGCCAGGAUGGAAGAUACGACAUUGGGAUCGAACGAUCGCCGACGAAAUCAGCGCCGCAGGCUGUCCAGCCACCCGUUCACCAAGCGCAAUUGCUGCAGGACACCUUCAGAACGGAGGGUUUCUUCCCGCAGAGCGUCACCGAGAAUCAAACGUUCCUCGAGGAGAACAGUUUAGAGUGCGCCGAGAAAUAUCCGUCCGGUUCGUUCGACUGCGUCGACGGUCGGACGUUUGGGAACGAGACCGGUUACGGUACGCCGAACGAGAGGCGACGAUACGACGUGGACAGUUACCGUUCCGGUCAUUCGACGUCCUCCGACGAGGGUGGCAAAGGUUUCAAGAUCGAGUCCCAGGACAGAUGCCGCCGAUUCAAGGACACCACCUCCGCCGAGACACGGUUCGGUUCGAGCAGCGAGAGCGAGAGGAAAUACAUCGGAUCGUCGUCGAACGAGAGAUUGAACGAGAUGGUCAGCCUAGAAGACAGGCCGAGGACCAAGAACUAUGUGAAGGUGAAAGGGGCGAAACAGAAGCAGCUGGAGGACGACGAGCUGGACUCGGACACCAGGAUCUACGGGAAGAGCCCGAAGUUCGAUGAGAAUUUCGGCCAGAAUUUCGCCGGUCGAAACUUAAAUUUCACACGUCCGAAGGAUCUGAUGCCGCGUGAUCGUAGGUGUUACGACAGCGGGGACGAUGUCUCGUUCGAUGAAACGGAGAUCACGAUCAGGAAUCGGGGUGACGGUGUUGUGUUCAACACUCUCGAUGGAUUUGAGAACGAGACCGUGAAUGAUAUUUAUCAUAGGCAAUCGGACGACAAUCGUGCCGAGGAUAUGCAACUGAAGAAUUUCGAGAUCUAUCCGCUGGAUGACGAACCGCUGGACGUACGUUCGAUGUGUCCGACCGUGGAACAGACGCAGGAUUAUCUGCGCAAGAAUGACGAGAGGAAGUUCAGCGCCGGCCAGAUCAAGAGACCGCUCUCGCAGGACGAGGAUGUCUCUUCGAAGAGCGGCCGUGUGCUGGAGAGUCCUGACGUCACGCCCGGCGAUGUCGGCAGGAUGCUUAAUCUUGGGAACGCUCUCGACGGGCCGAGGCAGGCGCAGGCGAACAAGUACCUGAGCCUGGUCACGUUACAUCUGCCGGUGAUAUUGAGGCUCAGCGUCAACUGCCCGUUCCAGAACGUACGGAUCAAGUGCGCGGAGAUAUUGGAGAUGGUUAAGGAUCGAGGACUUCCAGUGCCAGUGCCAGCUUUCGAUGGACCUAGUGCCUUCGUCCCUACGUGCGAGGUAGCGAUACAAUUAGCCGGUGGCAGCGUCGAAGCGAAAGCAACCAGUAGUAGCUGCUCGUCAUCGGGACACGCGACAGUUCACGAAGAGUCAUCCAGCUGA